AUCGGCUAUGAAGUUACAGAUAUGGCAACACCGCUCCCGGAGACCGCGGAGUCUUCUUGAGACCGGCGAGCUUAAGCCACCGACGACAUGUCGCUCAGCUGGUCCGCGAAAGACCACAAAAACAUGAGUCAACCCGCCGCCGCCGGACAGAAGCGAUCGCGCAACGACGCCGGGAACAAAGUGACGGUGGUGCUCGGUGCGCAGUGGGGAGACGAGGGCAAAGGGAAAGUCGUCGAUCUGUUGGCGACCGAAGCCGACGUUGUCUGCAGAUGUCAGGGGGGCAACAACGCAGGGCACACGGUGGUCGUGGACGGCAAGGAGUACGACUUCCACCUUCUGCCCAGUGGAAUCAUCAACUCCAAAAGCACCUCCCUCAUUGGCAAUGGGGUGGUCAUACAUCUACCUGGCCUGUUUGAGGAGGGCGAUAAAAAUGAAAAGAAAGGUCUGAAAGGCUGGGAGAAGAGAUUGAUUGUAUCAGACAGAGCUCACCUGGUGUUUGAUUUCCACCAGGUUGUCGACGGUUUGCAGGAGACUGAAAGGCAAGCACAAGAAGGAAAGAACAUUGGAACCACCAAGAAGGGCAUCGGACCGGCAUACUCCAGCAAAGCGUCUCGCACCGGCCUCCGUGUGUGUGACCUCCUGGCGGACUUUAAGGACUUCUCCAUGAGAUUCAAGAACCUCGUCCGCCAGCAUCAGUCCAUGUACCCAACCUUGACCGUUGACGUUGAGGACCAAUUGAAAAAACUCAAGGAAUACUCUGAGAGACUGCGGCCAAUGGUGAGAGACGGCGUCUACUACAUGUACGAAGCUCUUCAUGGAUCCCCAAAGAAAAUCUUGGUGGAAGGGGCCAAUGCUGCUCUGCUUGAUAUUGACUUUGGCACAUAUCCUUUCGUGACGUCAUCAAACUGCACCGUGGGCGGGGCAUGCACUGGUCUUGGCAUCCCACCGCUGAACAUCGGCGAUGUUUUUGGUGUAUCAAAGGCCUACACUACCAGAGUGGGAAUCGGAGCCUUCCCCACAGAACAACUCAAUGCAGUGGGAGAGCUGCUGCAGACGAGGGGUCACGAGGUGGGCGUGACCACAGGAAGGAAGCGGCGCUGCGGAUGGUUGGAUCUCGUCAUCUUGAGAUACGCUCACAUGAUUAACGGCUUCACCGGCAUCGCUUUGACAAAACUUGACAUUCUGGAUGUGAUGGAUGAAAUAAAAGUGGGGGUCGCCUACAAAGUCAAUGGAAAAAGAAUUCCCCAUUUCCCAGCCAACAUGGACGUUUUGCACAAAGUGGAGGUUGAGUACGAGAGCUUUCCUGGUUGGAAGACGGACACCUCUGCAGCCAGGAAGUGGAACGACCUCCCAGCCAAGGCACAAAACUACAUCCACUUCAUCGAGAACCACAUUGGAGUUCCCAUCAAGUGGAUUGGUGUUGGAAAGUCCAGGGAGUGCAUGAUCCAGAUGUUCUAAAGAGGAACGUGUAUCUUCUCCUUGAUAGGAGCACAGAGGAUGUGGCAUAUCUGAUCCCUGUUAGCUGUACCUCAAUAAAAAAAACAUCUAUGUCACCUUUGA